AUGAAGAACUCCAAUAGCUCUCUGGAGUUCUUACCUACAACAUUCAUUCUGGUUGGUAUCCCAGGGCUGGAGGCAGAGCACAUCUGGAUGUCCAUCCCCUUUGGCCUGAUGUACAUUAUCAUCUUCCUUGGGAAUGGCACCAUUCUUCAUGUCAUCAGAAUGAACUCUGCUCUACACCAGCCCAUGUACCUCUUUCUUGCCAUGUUGGCACUGGCUGAGAUUGGUGUCUCUGCAUCCACUCUGCCUACAGUGCUAGGCAUCUUCCUUUUUGGCACCACUGAGAUUAGCUUUGAUGAAUGUCUUCUCCAGAUGUUCUGCAUUCAUUCUUUCUCCAUUAUGGAGUCAGCUGUGUUGCUGGCCAUGUCUGUCGAUCGAUUUGUGGCUAUCUACAGCCCACUGCGCUAUACAGCCAUCCUAACCCUGCCCCGAAUCUUUGGCACAGGAGUCGUCAUUGGGCUGAAAAGCAUUAUGUUCAUGGCCCCAUUGCCCAUGCUCUUACAGCGCCUGCCCUUCUGUGGCCAUAAUGUCCUCUCCCAUUCUUAUUGCCUUCACCCCAACCUCAUCCAUCUACCUUGUGGGGACACUUCUAUCAAUAAUAUCUAUGGGCUUUUCAUUGUUAUCAGCACUUUUGGGCUGGAUUCACUGCUCAUUGUGGUCUCCUAUGGACUUAUACUUCACACAGUACUGAAUAUUGCCACUGGGGAGGAGCGUAAGAAGGCACUCAACACAUGUGGCUCACAUAUCUGUGCUGUGCUGGCUUAUUAUGUACCUAUGAUUGGCUUAUCAAUGGUGCACCGUUUUGGACACCAUGUGUCCCCUUUGCUGCAUUCUCUGAUGGCCAAUGCUUACCUAUUCUUCCCACCCCUUGUCAACCCCAUUGUGUAUAGUAUUAAGACCAAGGAAAUUCGUCGUGGCAUUGUCCAAAUGCUGUCAGAGAAGAGAUCCAGAGUUUAG